GGCAAUUGCUCCAGUGUCGGCGUCUUUCUUCCUGUGACGGUAUCCGGACGGGAGGCGGCUCCCGAGGGGGACCCGAGACGUUCACCCCGGUGAUUGGCUGGAGCGGAUGCCUGAUCUGUGAGUUCAGAGGCACGCAGUUUAUUAUGGAAGAGGUUUCCAAGAGGAGCAACAGCAGCUCAGAUCUGUCAAAUUCCUCAACAGGUGAUCCAGCCUCGUAAGUUGCACUAAACUCCAUCCUUGAAAAAUAAUCUACUUGCUGAUCCCUCAAAAGAUAUCGCUUCUAGCAAGAAAACGUAAAGAUGUCGUUGCGAGACACAGCUCAGAUUAACAUUGUGAUUCCUGGGGAGCAAAUUCAAGUUCAGGGUGUUAUCCAAACUGCACAGUCAUCCUCCGUUAUUCACUCUCCUCAGGUUCCUGCAGCACAGGCUUCCUCACUCUCUGAAAGUGAAGACUCUCAAGAUUCCUGUGACAGUGUUGAUACUCCUCAGAAGACACGUGGCAUUUUGUCUCGUAGGCCAUCCUACAGGAAAAUCUUUAAUGACCUGUCUUCAGAAGACACCGGGGAUAGGAAAAGAAAUGACGACAGCCCUGGUGUGUCUGCUGUUGCAUCUAUGACAUCUGGUACAACCAUAUACCAGACAAGCUCAGGACAGUAUGUCACCAUUGCCCCAAAUGGAACGCUUCAGUUUGCCACCCCAUGUGCAGAUGGUGUGCAGAGUUUGCAGGCAUUGGCAGUGACAAAUGCUAAUGCUCAGUCAGGAACUGCAAUAUUACAGUAUGCCCAAACUUCAGAUGGCCAGCAGAUCCUUGUGCCGAGCAAUCAAGUGGUUGUACAGACUGCCUCGGGAGAUAUGCAAGCCUACCAGAUUCGUACCACCUCAACCACUACUUCCCUUCCACAAACUGUGGUUAUGACCUCACCUGUUUCAUUGUCCUGCUCAACGACUAAAACAGAUGACCCACAGCUGAAGCGUGAGAUUCGGCUAUUGAAAAAUAGAGAGGCAGCCAGAGAAUGCCGUAAAAAGAAGAAAGAGUAUGUUAAGUGCUUGGAAAACAGAGUUGCUGUCCUUGAAAACCAAAACAAAACUUUAAUUGAAGAGCUAAAAACUUUAAAAGAUUUGUACUGUCAUAAAACAGUUUAAGUUUAAGAAUUUUUGUGAACUCGAUCCCUUUUAGAGCAAGAGUUUCUUGUUUUAUUUUCCUUUUUUUAAACAAAUUUUCUAAGAUUAAAGUGAGAGGUUAUAGAUGAA